UAUUAUAAUUUCGUUAGUGCGGAGCUUCAAAAUGGCGACCCCCAGAAAUGUAACCCCUCUGGUUGCUCGAUUGAGGGACUUGUUCCUACAACGUAAAUUCAACAACUCACUUCGUUUUGAGGGAGUGAAUACUUCAAAAAGGACACAGCCCCCUCCAGAUGUGCCCGAUGGGCCCUCUCAUAAGUUGUCCUCCAACUACUACUUCACUCGAGAUGGCAGGAACGAGAUGUUGCCCCCCAAGAAGGUGUAUGAGGCCAACCAGCAGCUGUUGACAGAAGGAUCCUCAGGAGAGAAGGCCGUAUCAUCAGGCAAGGCUCCAGUACGGGCAGGGUUUGGUUAUGACUGGGACACAGGUCGAGCUCAGUUCUGAAUGACAUUUGUGUGUUUCUAUCCUUAUAACGGUUCUGCCAGCAAGGACUUCUGAAAGUAGUUACACAAGAUUGUGGAUGAAUGCUUGUAUAUAUUAGAGGAUGUUUAUGGAAUAAAGUGUGUUAGGAAA